AUGAACAUCCAAAUCCAGCUUGAUCGUAGCCAAGAUACGACUCCUGGAAAAGUAGGAUAUAAGAAGGUUGAAACUUUGAGAGGAGGUUUGGGAGCAUACGAGAAAGCGAAAGUCACCGAACCUGAGGAUGACUUCGAGCUUUGGGACCAGAACAAAGUGGCAAGCCGUAAUAGCCGCUGGACUCUGACCGGCUGGUCGUCGUGCAUUCCGAUAACCAUCAUUUUGCUGUUAAUUGUGCUGGUUGUGUUGCUGCCAUUGAUAGACGAUCCCAGCGAGCGGGCCUCGGGUUCAUCGUAUCCGGCAUACCGAUUGGUAUCUAAGGAACAAGUACAGAUGUGUCCCGAUCGGUGCCAGAUUGCGCUGGUGGAAAGUUUACCAGAAGGAUUAACUUUCCCCCCAAAUAGUCCAACGUUCCAAACAACGUACGAUGCGUGGAGCGCGUUGCUCGCGAUGGCCAACACCACAAUUAAGAUUGCUUCAUUCUAUUGGACGUUGAAAGGCACUGAUGUGUACAACCAUUCAUCGGCGAAGGAGGGCGAAGCAAUUUUUCAUCAGUUGCGCCAAGCUGGAAUUGAACGCGGGUUACAAGUCAGUAUCGUACAGAGUGCCCCAACGUCAGCCACUCCUAGUCUCGAUACAGAGAUGCUGGCAAAACAGGGCGCAGCCUCCGUUCGCUCAGUCGACUUUUCCCGAUUGCUUGGUGGCGGCGUUCUUCACACCAAGCUCUGGAUCAUCGACAACCAGCAUUUUUACCUGGGUAGCGCGAAUAUGGAUUGGCGUUCACUGACGCAAGUAAAGGAACUUGGUGUGUUGGGGACAAACUGCUCCUGCCUAGCACACGAUUUAGACAAGAUUUUUAAAAUCUACUGGGACAUGGGAGCACCCAAUGCAUAUAUACCAAGUCGGUGGCCGAAGGAAUAUGAGGCAAACUUCAACGAUACCACGCCUGCUCGUGUGCAGUUUAACGGUGCAUAUACGCUCCAGACCUACUUUUCCAACUCACCACCGCCGAUGUCACCGGCAACGCGAACUGAUGAUUGUGACGCAAUUCUAAAAAUCAUUAGUGCAGCGAAUCGUUUCGUACACGUGUCUGUUAUGGAUUAUUUUCCUCUGACAAUUUAUACACGCUUUACGCGAUACUGGCCCGUGAUUGAUGAUGCAUUGCGGAAAGCAGCAAUCGAGCGUAAGGUAUCAAUUCGCUUGCUUAUCUCGUUAUGGGAUCACUCGCGUCCUUCAGAAGAUUAUUUUUUAAAAUCGUUGGAAGCCCUCUCUAACUCACUCGAUGGCGUCGAUAUCCAGAUCCGACGAUUCACCGUGCCAGCGACCGAAGACCAACGCAAGAUUCCGUACGGGCGCGUUAACCACAAUAAGUACAUGGUAACGGAUAACACGGCAUAUAUCGGUACCUCCAACUGGUCAGGAGAUUAUUUUAUUAAUACGGCCGGUGUAGGGAUGGUGUUGUCGUCGUUUGAUACAGAGAAAACCAUUAUUAGUGAAUUGCAAGAUCUUUUUGAGCGCGAUUGGAACAGCAAGUAUGCCACAACGUAGGUUUCUAAUUCAUACUGUAGCUAUUGUACUCCGGCGUACUUACUGUCGAUGUUCGAAACAUAUACGCUCAGGUUCAAGUAUAUAAGAUAAACCUAUGCGGUGACAGUGGCGACAAAAUUUACCGCAAUGCAUCGCAUCGCAUGUUACGCGGCGAAAAUGCCCCAACUAGUUGAACGUAGAAUGAAGAUGCGCUUCUUCCGAAACAAUUGAAAACUUUCUGGCCAAUUUAUAGUUAGUUACGAGCCCUGAGCACCUGUACCUGUGCUGUAUAGAGCCGAUGCGCAAGACUGAUGGCGAUUUCCAGAUUUCGUCUUGAUCUAGAACCAGGUUAGAUUUCGGUCGGUCUGUUUUCAUUUCCUGUGGCUGUUGACUGUUAUAUGUGCAUGCAGCCCUACACAUGCAGCGAGAAGUUACCACAACCCCGCACAGUCUACACAGCCGAUUAUAGUUGGACAAACCAGGCAACGCAACGAUACUAGUCAGUCGGCUGUGAAAAUUUAUUAUAUCGUACGGUCGUAAGCAGUUCUUCAACCACGAUAGCAACAUCACCGGCAGCGCCGCAUAAACAUACCAAAGGGGAAUGGCAGAUGUCAGCGGUCAGUCCUCGGUCCCGCACACAAUAAUGAAAGAGCAGACGAGAAGAAAUAAUUUGAUUCGCGUCUUAAACAUAUUAACGUCUUGCGCAUUGAAUCUUCCAAUCAUAACCCACGGUUGGCAAUAAACGGAAAACUUGUUCGCCCCGGCUCGAACAUUGGGCCAUAUGAGCCCCGGCGAGCAUAGACGCUCGGAGCGGGUUAAAACACGGCCCUUAAGUUUUCGUCCUUUUUCAGGAUUUUUUUUCCCACUGGAAAAAAACGAACUGGAAAGCACGAAUACCUUUUUCGGCUCCAUGGAUUUAUCUAAAAAUAUUGACAGUUCUCCCAAAAACGAUAAAAAGUUUUAAAAGAAUUGUUUGUAAGUAAAUGAUUUCA